AUGGCCCGCGCUGCCGUUGCCGUUCGCUGCUUCUCGCGCUUCUUACCUGGCGCGGGCGCCCGCGCGCAGGGCGCCCCUGCCUCCGAUGCCGCCGACGCGGCCCCCGCUGACCCCCCCGAGCCGCUCGUCAUUGUGCAGGCGCUGCGCCCGGCCGGCCUGCGCAUCGCCGUCCAAGAUCGACCCGGAACUGAGUUGGUGCUUUUCCAAGCAAACGUCAACCUGCCCAUCGACGAAGGGACGCAGCGGGGCCAGCUGUCCGGAAACGUCUUGGAGCCCGCCGACGGCUUCUGGACGCUGCAUCUGCCGGAGCCAGUCAUCAAAGUCGGCGACGUCAUCUUCUAUUGGAUACAUGUGCGCGUCAAUAAGCACGGAUAUACCUACCCGACGAAAAUCGCAAAAAUCACUGCUCGUCAGGAUGAAAGUUGCCUUCCAUCUAUAACAACUUUCAAUGGGAAAACAGCUUGCAAAGGCCAACUUAUAGCGGAAGAAAACUUCAAUUCCUUGGAGUCAUCGACCUGGGAACACACUAUACAGUUUCCCAACAUUCAUAACCCAUACUUCAGCAUUUACACAGCUUCACUAGAAAACAGUUUUGCAGAAAAUGGAAUACUGCAUCUUCGACCUUCACAAGUUCCCGAUGAUAUAGUUAAUGGAGCUCUCACUUUAGAGGGGUGCACGGGUCAGCGGGACACGCGUGACUGCUCGCGGCGCGCCGCCGCCUGGGACGUGCUGCCGGCCGUGUACUCCGCGUGGCUGCGCUCGCGCGACGCCUUCCGCUUCGGCCGCGUCGAGCGGGCGGACGCGGCGCUGGAGGAGGGCGUGCAGGAGACGGCGCGCGUCAGCCUGGCCUUCCUGCGCGGCAACGCCAACCUCACCUGGGACAACGGCACGGCCAUCGGCGCCUCGCGCCUCUCGCCCGGCGUCGUGCUGGGCUACUGCUACCGCAAGCUGGCGCUCGGCAUGGAGUGCGACGUGGAGGGCGACGGCCUCUGGACGGACGACUUCCACGUGUUCGGCGUCACCUGGUCCCCCGAGGAGAUAGUAUUCGGCAUGGAUGGCCACGAGAUUUACACUCUGCGGCCACCCGACGAAGGAUUCACCUUGCUGCCGUUUUUUGAAGACUGUCCCCGCCACGCGCGAGGGAAAAUUGCACCUCUUGACCAAGAAAUGUACCUGAAUAUUGCACUCCAUGUCGGAGGCUCCCACGAGUUCCCGUCCGGCGUAACCUCAAGAGGGCUUCCUAAGCCAUGGAAUGAUAAAGACCCUAAGGCUAACCUCAAUUUCUGGAAAGAGAAGAACCAAUGGUUGCCAACAUGGUCGCUUCAGAAAUCAGAAAUGAAGAUCGACUGGAUAAGAAUAUGGGCUCUCUAGCCACCUCUUUUCAUGUAGUACUAGGCGAGUCGUUGACAUGUUGUAAGUUCCGCGACUGCGGUUUGCCAAUAAAGUGCCUUGUAAACAAUCCUCCUCCUUGAGCGCUGUAAAUGAACUGGCACGGGCGAGGGGCCGGCGGAGGGACGGCCGAGCGUAAUUACUCGGUUUGAUGGCAAACAAGCCGCCCCCAAAUGGUGUUUCCGGAGGCCAUUAACUGCGGGACAGCCCGCAGACCCGUCCUCACUCGAGGACCCAACAGAUGGAGGACUGCUUACUACUUCUGUGAGAACACGGCACGACCUCUAUUUGCUGAAUGUACAGGCAGCUUCGAUUAACGUUACGGUCUCAAGGGAUGUCUCCUUAAAAGAAAAUUUUAAUCUGAAAAUUGUGGUAAAAAGUUUUAUAUUUUAUUUCGAAAAUUAUGACAUCAACAUGGCAUUAAAUAACUUACAAAUAUGACAUUACGUUAAAAAAACGUUUUUGUGCUCUUGGCUUGCAUAUAGUUUUUUCAUGUUUGAAUAAAAAUAUCGUAAUGUUGCUCAUUUACAUGCAUUGUUAUUUGAUGUUCCUUAAUUCUUAGUUUAAUUACAUUAAAAUAGAACAUUAAUAUAUCAAUUAAUAGGCACGUUUCGUAUUACGUUUUGUAUUUAAGUUUUGUAUUACCUAACAAACAUCAUACUUUCGAAAAGAAAUUUGAUUAUUUUAAUUGUUACUUUAAUUAACUUUUUAAACGAAAUGAUAUUUUGUAGAUUUUUUACAGCAUUUAUAGUUGAAUUCCCACAAUCCAUUAUUGAUUUCACUAAAAGAAUCCAUUCCUAGAAAGACUCUGAUAACAGUUGGAGGCUCGCAAUGACGAUGGAAGAGAAACUCUCAGUGUUUGACUCUGGGUGUCGGUCAUGCUUCAUUAUUCGCCAGCUGAGGUGCUCCAGUUCGUACAGGACGAAAUUCAUGGAAAUACAUCAUGCAGCAAGAUUUGAGGUUUACACAUUUUUCAGAAUGCAUCAUGAACUUAUCACAAAAAGGAAUUGAAUUUUCAAGUGCUCUGAUCAUGUUUUUAUAGUUGAAAUAUCUCCUCAACAUCAUUCUCAUGAGGUACAAUGUAAUAAACAUAACUAAUAUAUUUCUUACUUAAAUUAUGUUUACUUUAAUGGACCAUUUAUGUUGAAGACUAUCAAAAAUAACAAAUAUACUACGAGAAAACUAUAAAUAGAAUACCAAUGUUACCUACUUCGUUUCAUCGCAGUCGUUUUCAUUUGCUAUGUACCAACCUUUUUACAAGUGUUAGGUUCAUUUCCACUGUAUCAGAUUUGAAAGUUUAAAAAAAGUUGCUUUUUUGAGAUAAUCUUUGAGAAACCAUGAUAAAUUCAAAUUUCAACAGAUGCAAGACCCGUUAGAAUUUUUCAUUUUAAUUAUUAUGGAUCAGCGGUAUUGUUCAUAAUUGUACACAAUUUCUGUCAUUCGAAUCUAUAUUGGAGUCAGUCUUUGUGAUCAGGUACUGUUUAAAGUCAAUUAUUUUCACUUUGCCUAAAGGAAAAUAA